AAUGUAUUCAAUAGGAUUGAUGUUGCUAAUGGCAAAUUUGGUAUUAGGGUAAGAUUUUACUGCUCUUGAUAAUUAUGUGGAAUUAUAAAUAUAUUAGAAAAGAUUUCCAGGAGCAGUCAUUGGUAUAUAAGAUGGAAAUUAUCAAUAUACUUUUAAAUAUGGAAGAACUGAAUAUCCAGGUGAUCCAGAAGACUAAGCUCUUUUGAAAACAUCAAUUUUUGACUUAGCAAGUGUAAGUAAAGUUGUUGGAUGCACUACAGCUGCAAUGUUGCUUUGGGAAUAAGGUUAUAGAUUAAUUAAUCAUUAGGCAAAUUAAAUAUCGAAGAAUCAGUUCAAUAUUAUUUACCAGAAUUUCCUCAUCCCACAGUUAGAAUAAGACAUCUAUUAUUACAUAAUUCAGGUUUGCCACCUGAUGCUCCUUUAGGAAAUAGAAUAUGGACAAAGGAAGAAGUAUUGGACUGGUUAUACACAAAAAGUACUUUGUUAUAAGCACCUGGUGAAAAAUAUAUCUAUAGUGAUCUGAGUAUGGUUACAUUGCAAUAAGUAAUCGAAAGAAUUACUGAAACUACUUUGGAUGUCUAUUUAGAUGAUAAUAUUUUCAAACCUCUAGGAAUGCAAUCAACUAUGUUCAAUCCUUCUGCUGAUUUAAAGUAUUAUAAAAUGAUUAAAUUAGAUAUCGUAUACCUCCAACUUAAAGAGAUGAAGUUGUUAGAAAAAGAUUGAUAUGGGGAGAAGUACAUGAUCCAACUGCAUAUUAUCUAGAAGGAGUAUCUGGUAAUGCAGGAUUGUUUUCAACUGUCUACGAUCUUAUCAAAUUUAUGUAGAUGAUGUUAGGAAAGACCUCAUUGUUUAAAUAUGAAACAUUACAAUAUUGGACUAAAGUUGAAGAAGGCUUACCUUAUGCAAAUAGCAGAGCAUUAGGUUGGGAUACUGUUCCAAUUUAGACAUACCCUCCAUGUGGUAGUAAAUUCUCUAAAAAUUCAUUUGGACACACUGGAUAUACAGGAACAUCUGUAUGGGCUGAUAGAGAUAAAGAUCUCAUUGUUGUUAUCUUAACUAAUAGAGUUUAUCCAGAUGAUAAAACUAGUGUUGUUUAAUUCAGAUAUGAAGCUACAAAUCUAAUAGUAGAUAUCCUACAAGACUAACAUGAAUUGACCUAAUGAUA